AUAACCUUUUCUUGCUUUUCUUCCUCAAAUACCCCAGACCCCGCCCCUCCAUCACAUAUGCUCUGAUCUUUGUCUUAAUCCAGUAAUCCUUUGUGUUGAUCUCUCAACAGUCGAGUCUGUUACCACACCACCCUGCCACCCACGCCGAGACUUCGAUCAACCUUUUUUACUUUUACUACAUACACAAGAGGCACAUCACCAGUUGCCUGUUUCGACCUUUGCGUCGACUUCAGGCGAUUCCGGGGCCUUCUCCGUUCCUGUUUCUCCAACCCCGGUCCCCUAUCCCCUAUUUGCCUGACGACACCCUUCACUAUUCAGGGGCCAACUUUUACCAUAAUACCACCUCCCGCGAUUGUCGCCCACCAUGGAACGACUUCGCAGUAUAGCCCAUGAGAAAUGGGUGCGGAUAGGUCACCAUAUUGGUAUUCAGCCUAGGAGACUAGUAACCGAAAGCCACUUCAAGUAUCAAACAGUACACUAUACCCUUAUCAUCGGCCUCACAAUAGUCGGGUCAAUUCUUAUUUACGCCUCUCACCGGGGCAAAAUGGCCUAUGUGGACGCCCUCUUCUUCGCUGCUGGGUCGUGUACCCAGGGCGGCCUCAACACCAUUGAUCUUAACCUGGUCAACACCUUUUCCCAGGCCGUCAUCUUCUUUCUUUCCUGGCUCACUAAUCCAAUAGCAAUCGGCUAUUACACGGUUUCCCUACGAAGGUAUUGGUUCGAAAAGAAGUUGCAGACCAUCGUCCAGGAUGCCAAGCAGCGGAGAGGCACGAUUUCAAAGUCAAAAUCGCAGAUGCGCGCCGACAUGCUAUCACAAGCGGAAAGAGGUGUUGCUGGCAGAGAGAUCACCGUCAUGCACGGUUCUGGUAGUCCACGCAUGACCAACGACGGCAUCAUGUUGGGCUCGUUCAAGAAGCCUACAUACGAUAGCCGCGCGCCCCCCGAUCAGCGAGACCCCGAUCAGCCCGAAGAUACCCGUCGACAGCCCGAGAUCAGGUUCGCCGGCACCGUGAAGAAGAGCGAUGGACUUGGCUUGGAUGCGAUAAAGCUUCCUCCCCAUAGGUCGGACGAGGAGCAUAUCGCCAUCCUUGAGCGACAGCGCAACCGAGACGACGAGGUUCUUCGAAUUCCCGGUCCGAGAGAUAUGGAGCGAGGCGCUAAGCCUAGACGGGUCGAUGAUUCCGCCGAGGAGGAUGACCGCGAGCCAGCCCAACCUACGCCUACGGUGAUGUUAAAUGGUCGCCCACAAGCCAUCACCAUCGAGGAACCCGACAGGAACAAGCUACACGAAAAGCUGACGGAAGAUAUUGUCGACGAUGCCAAGACGUUCACCCACUCUUUCGUGCCACAAAUAAACCAUCUCAAGUUCAGGAAGAACACACGGACAUCUACCAACAACCGUGUUGACGAGGAGGUAGACGUCUCUAAACUGCAGCGGACGAAUUCGAGGAUGUCUAGGCGCGCAUCGCUCUCCGCCAUGCGGUCAGCCUUUACCAGAGACAAGAUGGAGCCUACGCCCUACCUCAGUUGGGAGCCGACACUAGGACGCAACUCUCAAUUCCACGACCUGACGGAAGAGCAGCGCGAGGAGUUGGGAGGUAUUGAGUACCGUGUCUUGAAGUUGUUGCAAAAGAUCAUCCUCUGCUACUUCUUCGGUUUCUUUCUGGUGGGACUUGUCGGUUUGCUGCCGUGGAUCCUCAAGAAGGACCACUGGGGUCAGGUUGUCGACCAGGCUGGCCAAAACAGAGUUUGGUGGGCCUUUUUCACCGCGAGCUCUGCUUUCAUGGACCUGGGCUACACCUUGACCCCCGACAGCAUGAACUCGUUCAAUACCGCUGUCUGGCCCUUGCUGUUGAUGAGCUUUCUCAUCCUUCUUGGCAACACCGGCUUCCCCGUCAUGUUGCGUUUUAUCAUUUGGAUCAUGUCCAUCGUCGUACCGCGCGACUCGGGCCUUUAUGAGGAGUUGCGAUUUCUGCUUGACCAUCCUCGUCGCUGCUUCAUUCUCCUCUUCCCGUCUGGGGCAACGUGGUGGCUCUUUUUCAUUCUGAUCGGGCUCAAUGUUGCUGACGUUGUCUUCUUCGUCGUCCUGGACUUGGGAUCUGGGCCUGUCGUCGACUUACCUGCCGGUAUCAGGGUCCUUAACGGGUUCUUCGAGGCAGCCUCGACGAGGACGGCCGGCUUUUCCUGCAUCAACCUCGCGGCUCUGCACCCGGGCGUCAAGGUGUCGUACAUGAUCAUGAUGUACAUCAGUGUCCUCCCCAUCGCCAUGUCGAUCCGUCGCACAAACGUGUACGAGGAGAAGUCUCUGGGCAUCUACCAUAAUCCUGAAAGCGAGGAGGAAACUGCUUCUCCGUCCAGCGAUUUGUCGUACAUCGGCUCUCAUUUGCGUCGCCAGCUCUCUUUCGAUUUGUGGUUCAUUGCCCUCUUCUUCUUCAUGCUCGCCAUCUCGGAAGGCACGCGGAUCAUGGACGGCCAGACGGAUAUGUUCUCGCUCAUGUUCGAGAUCAUCAGCGCCUACGGCACAGUCGGCAUGAGUCUUGGUUACUCCACCGGCAACGCGUCUCUAUCGGCCAUCUUCAGCACGACCGGCAAAGUGUUCAUUAUCAUGACGCUGAUCCGAGGUCGGCAUCGUGGUCUCCCCUACGGUCUUGACCGUGCCAUCCUCCUUCCCAAGGAGCUGAACAGCAGCUCUUCCGAGGACGACAAGGUCGAAAGACAAUGGUCACACGCGUCGGCCAUGAGCACCGGCCGCGAUGCGUGGAGCACCGCCAGCAUAAGGAGCCGCAGGCGUCACUGGCGCCAACGCAGCAACGAUAUUGGCAACCAAAUCUUUGGCGCUCUCCUCCAUCCCGGACCGCCCAGGACCGCCACACCGCCGGAUGGCCACCGUCAUCACCACGUUGUUCACCCGCAGACCUGGCACCCGGUGCAGUUUGGUUCCGUCGGUACUGCGCGAUUCUCUAAUAGAGACUCGCACCAGGGCGCCACCGGCGGCGGCGGCGGCGGCGGCGGCAUCAACCCUAAUGGCUGGCAUAGCAUGCACAGGAGGGCAACGAACCCGGAGCAACACCACGAGGAGACGAUCCAUGAGGGCUUCCAGUUCCCGCCCGACUCGGACCGCCGGCCUGAGUCCGAUCAGACUGAUCAGACGAUAUCCGAUCAGAACACUCUAACGGAGCCGCCGCGGUUGGGAGUGGAUUACCAUCCUAAGGUGAUGAAGCGCAAGUCGGAACCGAGUUUCCCGUCUACUCCUACUAGUUUUAGCGAGUAGUGACGACUUUUCUUUUCCUAUGGCGAGGGAGAGAGAUGAGUUUAGGGGGUUUUAUUUUCUUAUCUUCGUUAUGCAUACAUUUCUUUUUAACGGAUGAUGCUUAUUAUUGGUUUCUUUUCUUCAAUAAUGAUACCACGACUUUUUUUUUCGGUGUUAGAGAGAGGGGAAAAGGGAAGGAAGGAAGGAAUGAAGGGAGGGUAUAUAUGAUAUGCUAUGAUAUGAUAUGAUAUGAUGAACCCCCCGUUUUUGGUAUAAGGAACAUACACAUAUCAUACUC